GUGCUCGAAAAGAAACAUGUCUGGACGUGGAAAAGGCGGAAAAGGGCUCGGAAAAGGGGGCGCGAAGAGACAUCGGAAAGUGCUCCGCGAUAACAUCCAAGGCAUUACCAAGCCUGCUAUUCGUCGUUUGGCUCGCCGUGGGGGAGUAAAGCGUAUUUCUGGUUUGAUUUAUGAAGAAACUCGGGGCGUGCUGAAGGUUUUUCUGGAAAACGUUAUUCGUGAUGCCGUGACCUACACCGAGCAUGCAAAACGAAAGACCGUGACUGCGAUGGACGUCGUUUAUGCCCUGAAACGCCAAGGUCGCACACUCUAUGGCUUCGGAGGCUAAAAAGUUGAAUUAACAGUACAAAACUCAAAGGCCCUUUUCAGGGCCAAGUCUUUCAGAAAAAGUUUUGAGUUGCUUGCUGAUUUUGUAACCAGAAUUUUGGUAUAAACAUU